AUGAAGUUGCCGAUCUUGCCUGAACGCGUGACUUAUGAUCAAUUGAUAGCAAAAGUCAAUAACUAUGAGCGAAUUGUCCCCUCAAACCUACAGGAGCUAGACAAUUUUCGCGUCAAAGAGCUUCCUGGAAUUCUCCAUCAGCGCCAAAGUUCUGGGGGCGCUUUCUUGGAGAAGGAAGAGGCGACGAAAUUGCUCAAUUGGAAGCUGUAUGUAUUGUUCCUACUACUUGCUUCCAAUAGUGACGAGGUCAUUCGCGCCAUCACUAAAGACGCCUUCUCAGCCUACACCGCGAACCCUUCUGACCCAAUCAAGCCCUUGGAAAGUAUAGCAAAAUUAAAAGGUGUUGGACCUGCAACUGCGUCGCUCUUGCUCUCGUGCUUCGAUCAUGAGAACAUCCCAUUUUUCAGCGAUGAGAUGUUUCGUUGGAUCCACUUCGAAGACGCUGGCGUCAAGGGCUGGGACCGUAAAAUUGGAUAUACGAUGAAGGAAUACAAGUCGUUGCUUGGAAAAGUUAGUGACCUGAGGACGAAGCUGAAGGACGGUGAAACAAUCGUGACAGCUCUAGAAAUUGAGCAAGCUGCUACUGUCAUUUUCAGCGAGCGAAUGAAGCAACCGCUUGAAGAGUCAUUGGGAAAUGAGGAAGAGGAGGCUUCAAAGCCAUCAAGUUCGAAGAAGAAAAGGACUGUCAAGCAUCCAAAGUGA